AUGAUGCUCAACUCAGACAGCAUGGAGCUGGAGCUGCCUCCCACCCACUCGGAGACCGAGUCAGGAUUCAGCGACUGUGGGGGCGGGGCGGGCCCUGACGGGGCUGGGUCUGAGGGGCCAGGCGGGGGCCCCGCCCGGGGCUUGGAGCCCGGAGAGCCUGGCCGGAAGGACCUGCAGCACCUGAGCCGGGAGGAGCGGCGGCGCCGGCGCCGGGCCACGGCCAAGUACCGCACGGCCCACGCCACGCGGGAGCGGAUCCGCGUGGAAGCCUUCAACUUGGCCUUCGCCGAGCUGCGCAAGCUGCUGCCCACGCUGCCCCCGGACAAGAAGCUCUCCAAGAUUGAGAUCCUGCGCCUCGCCAUCUGCUACAUUUCCUACCUGAACCACGUGCUGGACGUCUGAACCAGGCGGUCUCCUGCCCUGGAUUCGCCCCUCCUCCCCGGCCUCGCUGGGGUCCCUUCUCAC